GCGCAGCAUUGGUUCUGUGGGCAUCGGUGAAGUCAGUUGAAAGCAUCGUUUGUUGAAAGUACUUUAAAAGGCUCCAGUACCGCUAUGGUGCAACUACAUGUAAAGCGUGGGGACGAGAGCCAGUUUCUCUUCACUACAACAGUGGAUGGUCCAGUGGAAGAGCUGACCAAGCAAGUUACAGCUAUUUAUAAUGGGAGGCUAAAGGUGGACAGGAUUUGCUCAGAAAUGAAGGAGCUGGCAGAACAUGGAGUAACCCUCCCUCCGAACAUGCAAGGACUGACGGAUGAGCAGAUUACGGAGCUGAAGUUACGGGAUGAUUGGGCAGUGAAGUGUGUGCCCUCUGGAGGAGCUGAGUUUAAAAAGGAUGAGAUUGGAAGAAGGAAUGGUCAUGCUCCAAAUGAAAAAAUGAAACAAGUUUUACUAAAAACAAUCGAAGAAGCUAAGUCAUUAAUUUCCAAGAAACAAGUUCAGGCUAAUGUGUGUGUUACACUGGGGAUGGUGAAAGAAGCGCUUGACCAGCUGCGUGGAGCUGUUAUGAUUGUCUAUCCCAUGGGACUGCCGCCUCAUGACCCAAUCAGGCUGGAGUUUGAAGAUCGAGAAGAUCUGUCGGGGACGCAGGCAGCUUUGCAUUUGAUUGCAGAUUCAGAGGCUCAGUUGUGGUGGGCAGCAAAGGAGUUGCAUCGAGGGAAGAAACUAACAGAAUAUGUGGGCAAAAAUGAGAAAACUAAAAUUAUUGUAAAGAUACAAAAGCGAGGACAAGGGGCACCAGCUCGUGAGCCAGUAAUCAGCCCCGAGGAACAGAAGCAGAUGAUGAUGUAUUACUCCAGGCGUCAGGAGGAACUUAAGGUGAUACAGGCAUCAGGUUUGGCUUUGCUUGUUACCACGGCAGGAUGCAUUCUUCAUAUAUGUGAGAUGGUAUUGACUGUAUUGAUAUUGGCCUACUGGCUCUUACUUCAUAAGAUUCAGUACACUAUGUUCUGUACAAUUAAAAUGUGAAGAAGCCCUGAUCUAUGAGCUGAUACUUAUUUCUCUGCAACUAUCAGAUUGGAGCAAAUCAAUUCAACUCCCUAUUUAUAUAAUAAAUGUAUGUAUUUUUUUUGUAACUUUAAACACGUACACUGUUUAGAUUUUUGAGGCUUUGGCAUUCACUUUUAUUAGAUUCUGUUUUGAACAUACUAUUUAUUUUAAAAUGCAGUAUACAAAAUUUGAUUUGUAAGAAACCUGGUAAGUUAAUAAAAGCAAUUUUCUUCA